UAUAUCUCUGUGUGAUGCUGUAACAUUCAGGGUGAACCUGGACUAAGGGGGAACCAGGAAAGAUUGGUUACCAAGGUGACAAGGGUGCUGCUGGCUUACCUGGACCUCCUGGACUCCUUGGGAAAACAGGCCCACCUGGUAAGAUGGGUGACAUCGGACCGCAGGGACCUCCCGGCCCACCAGGACCUGACGGUUUUCCUGGAGACAUCGGUGUGCCAGGUCCCAAUGGCCCCCCUGGACCCAAGGGUCUCCAAGGUGCCAGAGGGCCACAGAGACCACCAGGGCCAAAAGGAAUAGAGGGGGAUGAGGGGCCCCUUGGCCUUCCUGGUGGUCCUGGCCCCACUGGUAGACCUGGAAGGAAAGGCUACAUUGGCGAACCUGGCCCAGAGGGACUGAAGGGGGAGACGGGGGAACUUGGCGGCCUUGGAAAAAAUGGACCGCAAGGUCCAGCGGGCCUGAUCGGGAUGUCAGGGGGAGUAGGAGAAGCCGGUGAAAAGGGAGGUCGUGGUCCUGCAGGUCCAUUGGGUCCUCCUGGCGAGAAGGGGUCCGGGGGGUAUCCAGGCUUACCCGGAGGUCCCGGUGACAUCGGUCUGCAAGGCCCACUUGGUCCUCGGGGGCAGAGGGGUACACCUGGGAUCCCUGGGUCAAAGGGCAGAAAGGGGCCGAGGGGUGCAGAGGGUCCACUUGGGGAACCAGGGCCUGAGGGCAUCAAGGGAGAGCAGGGUGAAGGAGGAAAGAAAGGGGAGCCUGGGUUCAUUGGGAAAGCUGGCGGUCCAGGGGAGAGAGGUCUACCGGGGAAACCUGGGAAAGCUGGGAUCCCUGGAAGCACUGGAGAGAGGGGAGCCCAUGGUGAACCAGGGCCCAAAGGACCCACGGGGGAUGCAGGACCUGAUGGAGAGCAAGGACCUGAGGGUGCUCCUGGCGGAGAGGGGGAACCGGGUCCAGUUGGAGAACCUGGGAUAAAGGGCGAUGUGGGGCCGUUUGGAGGAGAGGGGGAACAAGGACAGCAGGGAAUGAGAAGUCUUCCAGGUCCUGCUGGUGAGGACGGGCCCCUGGGAAAAGAUGGUCCGAAGGGAGAGCCAGGUGACCGUGGGCCAAUGGGCGAGGCAGGGGACAGGGGGAUAGAGGGAGACCCUGGGCUUCCUGGGGCCACCGGACUGGCUGGAAAAAGUGGUUUCCCUGGACCGGAGGGGAAGCAGGGUCCCCUGGGGAACCGUGGCAGGCAUGGCAAGAAGGGAGAGGCAGGCAAACCAGGUCAUAUCGGAGAGACAGGGGACAUCGGGGACAUGGGCCAGAAAGGGGGCACAGGACUGAAAGGCGCCAGAGGAACCAGAGGCACUGCAGGUCGUCCGGGAUUUAUGGGGCCUGGGGGUAUGCCUGGAAUGGCAGGAUACACAGGCCACGCUGGUAAGCCAGGAUCCAUUGGACCUCCUGGGCCCAAAGGUGAAAAGGGUUACUCCGGAGAAGACAGUAGGACCUCAGGACCUGCCGGGCCACUAGGUGAACCAGGUCCCCCGGGCGAGCGAGGAGAUCGCGGAGAGCCUGGAGAUGAGGGAUAUCAGGGUCAUAUGGGUACCAGUGGACAUCGUGGGGCUGUUGGAGCGCCAGGCCUUCCUGGAACACCAGGGGAACCUGGAGAACAGGGCCCAAAAGGAGAAAUGGGAACUCAGGGCUUAGAAGGAAAGAAAGGAGUGAGGGGCCUGACUGGGACCGCUGGUGUUGAAGGGGCCAUUGGUUUACCUGGACCCAGAGGCAUGGAGGGAUACGCUGGGCCUGACGGCCUCCCAGGACUAGUUGGGUUACCAGGUUUUCCAGGGAAGGCUGGGCGACAGGGUCAGCGGGGUACCGUGGGGCAAGAGGGGGUAGCAGGACUACCUGGUCCCAGGGGGGAACUUAGUCUGCCUGGGUUGGUCGGAGAGAGGGGGCCUGCUGGAGAGAAGGGGGAGCCUGGCUUGGCAGGAGAGAGGGGAACCCCAGGAAUCAAAGGCAUGGAGGGGUCGUCCGGAGACCAAGGCAGAAUAGGAGACCCAGGACGCAAAGGACAACCAGGGGAGUCGGGAGACCUGGGGAUGGUUGGCUUCACUGGUUUUCCAGGACCUAAGGGACCAAAUGGAGAUUUGGGUUUCAAAGGCAUACCUGGUCCUAAAGGUCCUCUUGGCAUUCUGGGUUUCAGUGGACCUGUUGGUCCAGAAGGGAUGAUUGGCCCAAUGGGGAAACCUGGGCCGAGGGGGCCAAAGGGAAGCCACGGGGAAUUGGGACCCCAGGGACCACAGGGACAUCCAGGUCCCAGAGGUCUCCCAGGUGCUCCUGGCCUGGCUAGACGAAUCGAGUAUAACUCUCCGUUGGAGUCCAAUGGUGCCUUAAGGACAGAGACCUACCAGAACACCGAGAUGUCCCUCCCAGACCACAACGCAGAGAUCUUUAAGACCCUGCGCUACCUGAGCGGUGUGAUCGAGAGCAUGAAGAAGCCGUUGGGAACCCGGGAGAACCCAGCACGGUUCUGUACGGACCUGUUGGACUGCCAACACCAGCUCUCUGAUGGACUGUUCUGGAUCGACCCUAACCUGGGAUGUCAGUCAGACGCCAUUGUGGUCUUUUGUAACUUCACUGCGGGCGGGCAGACUUGUCUCCACCCAGUAGCUUCUAACAAGCUUUCGUUCGGGGUACAUAAGGUCCAAAUGAAGUUCCUCCACCUUCUGAGCACAGAGGCCAGUCAGGACAUCACCUUCCACUGUCUGAGUGAUCUGCCCCUCAGCCCCACGGACACCUACAGUGCUAACGGCCCAGGACAGGAGCACCGGGACAGACCACCGAGGUUCAAGGGAUGGAACGGACAGAUGUUUGAGGCAGACACACUACUUGAACCUCUACCAGACGAGUGCAAGAUCCAAGAUGGCAGCUGGCACCAGUCACGCUUCUUCUUCCAUACUCAGGACAGCUACGAGCUCCCCAUCGUAGACAUACAGGAACCACCAUUGUCACAGCCCAAUCACCUGCUACACCUCGAGGUGGGACCUGUCUGCUUUCUGUGAGGUCAUCCAUCGCCAGCCUGCCUGUCCAAAAUAUGAACUAUGAAAAAACCAUUAAGCAACCCAAAAUGUCUGCUCCCCAAACCAAAGAGAAUGUAAUCCCAAGCGGAGUUGGUCAGGUCUACUCCCCCACAUGGUGACAAACACCCUGUUCAAUCGAUGGUAGACAUUUGCGGAAGAACUCAAUCCAUAGGAAACUAGACCAUCUUAGUGUAAUAUGGCUGCAGGAGAGCAGUGUAUGCAAAUAUCUGUAAUAAAUGUAUAACGUGUGUCUGUUUUUUUUUGUUUUGUUUUUCAAAAGUUGCUUGGGUUCAUUGGAAAGUUGGUCCCUGCACUCAAGAUAGGACUCAUCCACACGACACCCUCCAAAAACUCAAAUCCCGUACCUCCCUUUCCUCCUCCUCCCCCAUAUACACCCUUUCAUCCAUCAGAAGGGGCCUAGCUAUCCGGAGGAAAGCUCCAUGGCCUUUGUGGCAGGAACACUGUCCAACCAAAACGUUCUAAGAGUGCAAUGGCUUGUGGGUUAAGCGUGAGAGAUUUCAUAUUGCAACGUAAAUCGAAGGUCAACCACCAGUUCGGGCAGCCAUUUUUUUAAAAUUCACAUUUGAAUUAUGUUUGAAUCUGUUGAACAACAAGGCUGGACGUUUACACCUUGGCUGUGUCCAAAAUGUCACCCUAUUCUCUAUGUAAUGCAUUUGGUUUAACUUAGGGCCCAUAGAGCUCAACCACAGUGCACUACUGUAUAUAGGGAAUAGACUUCUAUUUUCGGACACAGCCCUAGACAGAUGGUGCUCUACUUCCUGCUUGUAUACCCUCUUAGAAUAGGUGCUCGUGUCAAGUUAUGUUUUGUCUUUACAAGUUGUAUGUACCGGUUACAUCAAGAUCUGUAUCGGUUGUAAGAGUACUUAUUUGAAAUUUGGUCAUUUCUACAGUAAUUUAUAUGAACCAUCUGUUGAUGAAUUCCAUAUUGUUUUGCUUUAGGUGGUAACUUAUCAUUGGUGCUGCAACAGAAACAAGAGCUUGAGACAUCAGUGAGUUGCGAGACAAUUUUCCGGUGUAUAUUUUGACAUUAUUAUGGUUGGUUAUUUAUAUCCUUUUGUUUUUGUUCACAUUACUUGUACCCCAAUAAAUUAUACUCUCAGAGA